AUGGCCCUCCUGCUGGCAUUGAGGGCUCCUAGGAGCUGUAAGCUCAAUAACUUUUCUCUUAUAGCUCGAAGGAACCACUCGACAAGUAGAGAAUCAAACUACUUUACUGUCGAGCUAAGUCCCAAAACAAAGGAUCUCUCGGAACUACUACAAACUGUCAGAUCUCAAAUCAAAAUCGCCAAUCCUAGUCGUCAUGAUGCUGCAGUCAUUCUAGCUACUCCACAGUAUGCGCAAUGGCUCGAGAAGGAUGGAUUUAUGGCAGAAUUUGUCGAUUUGCUCUCAGGAUCUGAAAAGCCCGAGCAUUUCCACGUUUUGGGUGCUGUUGUCGAUCAUGUUGCUCCUCCAGUACCAAGCAACAAGCCCAUCCAGGGGUUGUCUAUCCUUCGAGGAAAACUCGACUCGAUUCUUCCCGGCCUCUGGACUCCUGAGCCCCCAAAGGUUCGAGAGGAUGCUGAUAAAGUGGCAGCUCUGACGAUGGAUCUUGGUAACCCUCACAUUACCAUUCCUCUUACCAAUACGACCUUUCUGAAUCAUAGAACUUCAACACUCAUUGCUAGUCGUUAUGAUCUAUCGCACAGCUCACCCAAAUUGGUUGAACAAAAUGAAAAGUAUUCGCAACAAAUACCGCUCCCUCUCAAAAUGAAGCUUCCUUCGAUCAAUGGCCUUGGCAUCUGGGCUCCUCUCGUGCCCCUGACCCAUCCUCGUGUGGUGACUGAGAGCUUUGGGAACAUUGUGCGACGAGUCAGCGUUGAGAAUGAAUCCGUCCCUGCUUCAAAUGAACUCGAGCCAGCUGUCGAUGAGUUGCACAUACAAAAAUCGGACCUGGUUCAGUCACCUAUGGGAAUCUGGGCAAUCAUCACACCUCCAACCUUUACUCAGUCAGGAAGCAACUCUAAUUCUGUUGAUCUUGAUCCCAAGGCAACUUUUAGAAAUGGCGAAAACAUCACAGACCUCGUUGCUUCCACUUCCGGUCACCUUGUCGCUCUGUACAAGCAGGGUGGCCGUCUAUAUCAAAUUUUGAGCGGUGGUGGUGGCUGGGGCGCAAAGAAGGGUUUACUUUCACUUGACCCUCAGCGCACUCAUUUUUCCCUAUCUGAGGAAGAAGAGAUGCAGAGGUUCAUCCAGGCCAUGGAUGGGGGCAACUUUGUCCCUGUGGGUUCCAAAAUUCAAUUCUUUGCAUCCACGGAGACUUCAGCCACCGAAGCAACUGGAGCCAAAGAGACGGGCGUGGUCUUCGGAACAGCCAGCAAGGUCGAGACCGAGACCGGCUCAGAGUCAUCUCAGCCCGAGGUUCGAUUACUGGAAGAUCACUUCGGCGCUCUUUCCAACGAUGGUAUCUUCGUCACUUCCUCCGACCCCGCCGCAGUGACAACGCCUGGUUUCAAUAAUGACUGGAAGCUUAAUGUUCCUAACUCUCGAAUUUACAUCGGCAUCUAG